UAAAGCAAAUAGUAUAAAUAUUAUUGACAUUAUGUACCGAAGGACAUCGACUCACGAUUCUUCAUCAUGGGUCCUAUUCUUGUAUCAUUCACCUUCUUCGCAAACCGUAAACUAUUCAGGGUAUCCAUUAUUUGAGACUUUAGCGGUGAAACAUUAACGAACAUAAGUGUUUUUGCAUUUUCUCCCAAAGCAUAUCUCAAUAAGUAAGUAAGCUAUCAGACAGUUAGUAUCAAUCACAAUACUCGCAAUCAUUACACCUACCUUAGAAUUUCUAUAAGGUAUAUGGUUAUUCCCUUUACCAGAAACGUAAGUUGCAACACCAAGUGCAUGGAUAACAUCUCCUAAACAACUCAAACUUUUAUUAAUAGCUUGGGUCUCUCGUAAACGUUCUCCUUCCGCCUGGCUAAAACUCAGACGUUCGGAUCCUGCCAAGUCAACUAAAUUUAGCGUUCCUCUGCAAAUCUGCUUCAUGCUUUCAUUCCAUCCAUCAAUAUAUAAUGUGAAUACAGUAUGAGAACGCGAGGAACGUUCAUUAGCUUUCGUAGCUGCGAUAAAUCGAUUUUCUGCUGCUUUUCCAAGCAUUUUAUAGACCAUCUCUUCAUUCUCAAAAUCUAUCACUCUUACAUUAUCCACAAUUGUGCGUCGCUCUCUUUCAUCAUGAUGGAUGUCAUGCUUUUGCUGUUGCAUCAAGCCUUGUUUGUCCAAUAAAUCAUAAAUCCUUUCAUUAUAAAUCUCUAAAAAUUGUCCCUGUAACUUAUAAUUCCAUCCCUUUUCCUUCAGUAGUUCGACGUACUCAAAGAUCUGCUUUACAGCUCGUGUUACCAUACCGUCAUUUGACAACAUGGUAUAGGAUUUUCCAGAUCCAGUUUGUCCAUAAGCAAAAAUACUCACAUUGUACCCAUCAAUAGCACUUUGGACUAAAUGUGUGAUUUCUUGAAAUACGGCUUCAUUCGUAGCUUCCGGAGAGAAUACCCGGUCGAAAGAAAAGAAGUAGUUCUUAUCAUGUACAUGACCGAGAGAGGACUCCACAGUAGGUCCUUUAAGCAAUAAUUCCCGUGGUUCUAAAGAAUGACUAUCUGGAUAAUGAAAGAUCGACUCAAGUUCUUCCAACUGUUGUUGUUCACGAGGUAAGAAGGGCCGGAUUCUACAAAAGACGCGAAUAUUUCCUUUUAAUUCUUGUAUAGUAUUGUGUAAUUGCCGCCUAAGAGUCUCCUCAGCAAAUAAUUUUUGAGAUAAUGAUUCAUUCGAUUUUGUUAAUUCGUAUACCUUAUAUUCAAAUUCGGAAAAAGUAUGACCUUUGUCGCUUACCAUCUGUUGAUUUUCUUUCAAAAGUGUAUUGAGCUCAUCAAUUUUAUUUAAAGCCAUCGUAUGUUCUUUUUCUCUUUCGUAUAAUUUUCUGUUUGCUCGGUCCAAUUCCACUUGAAUUUCAUCAAGCUUUCCUUUCAUAGUAGAUAUCUUUGCUUCCAUUUUCUGUUGAUACCGUUCAAAUUCCCUGUUUUUUUCAGAAAGCAAUAAUUCAUGAUAUUCUUUGCUAUUGUUUUCUUGUAAUUUCCCCUCGUCUAUCCUCUUCUGAAAGUAGACCACCUUUUCCUGAAGCUGUGUCUCGUAAGCCUUUUUUAAAUCAAAAAUCCUUUUAGAGAAACUUUUCUGUAACUCCUCAAAAGAAUUUUUGUACUCUGCAGUGAUGUUUAUAAUUUGCUCACGUACAUGAACAAUCUGCCGCUGCAACUCACGCUCCAAUUUUUUUCGGUUCUUUUCUUCAUGAUGCUUUAUAUUGUCAAGUUCUCCUUGAAGUUUAGCUAAUUCAAUAUCCUUUUCAUUUAACAGUCCCCGAAGAGCGUUCAGUCGUGAUUCACUAACAGUGUCUUUUUCUGAAAUUUCAGCUUUAAGCGUGUUCACUAAAAAUGGUCAGAAAAUCUCUCACAAAUUGAUUAUACUACUAACAUAAUUCUUUAUCUUUUUCCGAACUUUCCAAGAGUGAAUGUAUCUCUGACUGAUGGCGAUUAUCUUUCUCAGCAAGGGAAGAUGCUGCUUCAGUAUAUCUUGUUUUCAGGUUCCAAUAGGCAGACUCUAAAUCGUAAAUUUGAUCCUUAUCGAAAAGAGACGAAGAAUUCAUGAAAGAAUCUCUAGCUAUAUCUAUUACUGUAUGAGUUGUCUCCUUAAUCUGAUUUAUUUUUCGAAUAGUCCUGGAGGCUUCCAGAGGAUUAUAGCCUUUAUUAGCAUUCAAUGCCAUAUGAGACUCCAGCAUUCCCUGUACUUUUUCUAGCCAUUCGAGUUUUUCUUCUGAAGUUUGGUUCAAUCGUUCGUCUGUAACAAUUGGAUUCGUCUUUCUGAGCUCACUAGUACCCUUAUGGUCCUUAAUUCCCGAGUCUGAGUGUGAUGUUGGGAUGUCAAUUUCUAGCGAAGAAGAAGAGUUGAUAUUUUUCUUUCUAUAAUGACUUGCAUCUUUUUCGAUAUCAUCAACAACCUGUUUCUCAGCCUGCUUUCGUUUCCUUAAAUAAGCGCUUGAUGAAAAAGCGGCUGCAUUCUGACUUUGUUAGAUAGGCGUUUUCAAGGAUGCAAAAUUCAUUACCUCAAUUACCAUUUCAUCAAUUCAAAUGAGAGAAAGGAGAAAAUCAGACCUGUCAAUUUCUUUCGCUUCCUUUUCACUCUUACCUUGAUGUUGUUUUCUCAUGGUUUUUGUGUACUUUAGCGAGUCGCAGUGAAAAUAGUCUGAAUGACUACAUAAGGUACUACUACUUAGUUCGUUGAUUCUCACCACCAAGGAAGGGUGGGACACAUGAAAGAUUCUCUUGGUUUAAGCACAUGAGUAUUGAAUUUGUGAAUUGGCCAGAUACAUAUCAUAUCGGCAUUGACGGAUGCUUUUACCCUUCAAAGCGUCUACAUGGAGUAAAAAAUCUUGUUUUUGGACUUCAUCUUAUCACCUGGACACCUUCAAAUGGUGUAGGUUUAGUUUCUGGGGCAUUCUUUUACAUCUCAAAACCCUGCGCUUAUACACUUAGAUACGACACAUGGUCAGAAAAUGCAUUACUUGAAGAAGUCGACUGUGUCUACGACGACAAGUUUUAUAAUUAUACCUCUGCUGAAAAAUGGAAUGAUUUGGUGAAAUUUAUCCAGAAAAAGGAUUUGCAAAGGAUAUUUCAAACCGAGGGCCCAAUAUUUUUAGUAGAUACUUCCACCUAUGCUAAUACAGACCUGAAGCCGAAUGAAUUGCAACUUUUUCAGCCCUCAGAGAAAGAAACUGUGUUACAAUUCACGAACUUUGAUGUUAAAAAAAGCUGGUCUCCGACUUCUGUAGGUUCUGAAAGGUCUUUACAAGCCAUUGACAAAAGUUUUAUGUAUAGACGUCUUGUACAAUCAGCUUGGCAUGGUGAACUCGAUUCGGCGUUAGCUGAAUACUCGUUUGCGUACCUUGCAUACGCUUUCGUCUCUCAUUACGCAGCAUUAUCGCAUUGGAAAAAACUUCUGGAGGUACUGUUGCAGUCUUAUACGUUGGCUGAAUUGGAACCAGACUACUACUCUACAUUUCUUGGUUUAUUUUGUGUGCAAAUUGAAACACUACAUGAGCGUGACAUUGAAACUUCAACUCUUUCUGAAAAAAACUUUAUGCAGUCCUUGCUGGAAAACCUAUUGGAACGUAAGUCAGACGGUAACUUUCCCAUUCAAGUCAACAAUGCUUUAAAUCAACUGGUGAAUACCGUUUCGGACGUACUUCACAUACAGGAAUUCCGAGAAGAUACGAUUUUGGAUGACCAUAAUGCUGCUAUUGAUUACGACCAAGAAGUACAUGAAAUUGGUCAAUUUGUAGUAGAUGAUUUUGAUAAUGAUAGUAACUAAAUCAGAACGGGACUUCGUUUUGUUGUGUUAUAAUUACCUUUUUUCUCUCUAGACUUUACUUACUCUUUACAACAUUGUUAUAUAUGAAUCAAAUAAUGUUUUUAUGUUUCUACAUAAGAAAACCAAAUAGACGUCGAGGACUCUGUCCAAACCAGCCAUACAAAAUAGCAUGA